UUGAGCAACAUGGUUGAAAUGCGCGUAAUUGUGCUAAUACAAAUUUUGUGGAUUUGCAAUACUUUUGGUUUUGUAAGAUACAUCAUAAAUGUUCCCAUCAAAGAGGGAGAAGUUUGUCAGACGGAGUUUUUGGACGGUGGAAAGUGUAUGAAUGUAGAGUUGUGUGAUUCAGCUUUUAUUCACUCGUUGUCGUAUGAGGAUCAUUCGUCCGCCUGCCAACAAAAUGCUUUUUACAAUGUGUUUUGCUGUCAACCUUUUCUGGAUUUCUGUAAACAUCGUAAAAAACCUCAUAUCGCGCACGGUACUGAAGCGGAACCAGGAACGUUUCCUCACCUUGCCCGGUUGGGUGUUAAAAGUGAUGACGGUGAGAUCGAAUGGAGGUGCAGUGCAAAUAUUAUAUCGGUGAAAUUUCUUCUAACAGCCGCUCAUUGUAAAGCAGCGGCGGCCUUAGCAGGAGUUGGGUGUACUGGGGCAGCAGCAUGUGAACAACAGAUUACUGUAAAGGACUUCAUUUCACAUUUAAAUUACAAUCCAACAAAAAAAUAUCACGACAUUGCUGUAGUGAAGUUACAUAAAAAUAUAGAGUUUAACGUGCGCGUUCUUCCAAUCUGUCCAUAUGCCAAUAAGAACGAUAUACCGGACACGGAAGAUAUGAUUAUUGCUGGAUGGGGCACCACGGAAAAUCUUUCGAAUGCGAAAUCUUUGAUGUAUGCGACUGUGCGGACAGUACCAAUAAAAAAAUGCCGAGACAACUAUAUGGAGGUAGCAGCAAUUCUAGGCAAAAGGUUAAGUGAUGGAGUACUGGCUGAACAGUACUGCGCUCGGGGAUCCUUGGUGGAACCUGUUAAUGAAUAUAGCGAUGCGUGCCAAGGAGAUUCUGGUGGACCAUUACAAGUGAAGCAGGGCAAUGAUAUAUACUUGGUAGGAGUUAUAUCGGUUGGAAUUGGGUGUGCUUCAGCUCUGCCUGGAUUAUACGCACGUGUUGCUGCUUAUUUCGAUUGGAUUAAUGCCACAAUUACAGGAUCUCCUUAG